AUGCUAAAAUUGCUUGAGAAGUACGGUAUCAAAGCCACCUGGUUCAUUCCAGGCCAUUCGCUGGAAACCUUCCCAGAGGAGUGCGCCAUGAUCAGAGACGCGGGACACGAGAUCGGUCUUCAUGGCUACUCGCACGAAAAUCCAAGCGACAUGACCCUGGAACAGCAGAAAGACGUCCUUGACAAAACGUUUAAAUUGCUCACCGAAUUCUGCGGAAAGCCGCCCAAAGGCUCCGUAGCUCCCUGGUGGGAAACCAGUCAGGAGGGCGUGGAAAUGCUGCUGGACUAUGGCAUAGAGUACGACCACUCCAUGUCGCACCACGACUGCCAGUGCUAUUGGUUCCGGACAGGCGACUCUUGGACCAAAAUUGAUUACUCAAAAAAAGCCCAUGAGUGGAUGAAGCCUUUGAAACGCGGAAAGGAGACCGGUCUGGUUGAAAUUCCCGGAAACUGGUACAUUGACGACCUGCCUCCUAUGAUGUUCAUCAAAAACAGCGCCGACGGGUACGGCUGGGCCAAUCCGCGCGACAUUGAGGACAUUUGGCGCGACCACUUUGACUACUUCUAUCGCGAAUACGACGAAUUUGUCUUUCCCAUCACGUGCCACCCAGAUGUUUCUGGCCGCCCCCACGUACUGAUGAUGCACGAAAGAUUAAUCGAACACAUCAACAAGCACGAGGGAGUCGAGUGGUUGACCAUGGACGAGGUCAACAAGGACUUUAGAGCCAAGAACCAUCCUCCUCAGGGUGCAAAGCUGCCUGCUUCUCAACAAACUAUCUGA